AUGGCUGCAAAUUCGGUCUUCGUCGGAGGCGUGCCGCCCAUGUGCGCGAGCUCUGAGCUCGCGCUGAGCAUUGUCCAGGCAAUCCGCACAACCACCGGGCUCAAACCCAAAGAGUGCACGGCGCCCGAGCCGAAAUUACCUGGCCGCGCGCGCUUUGCUUUCGUCACCUUUCGAUCCGAAGAAGAAGCGCGCGAGUGCAUCCGCUACGACCAGCACAUCUACCUCGGGGGCGUGUCUCUGACGGUCAGGGCUCGCCGGAACGGAACGAGGCGAACGGAAACGGAAGAGGACAAAGUGAGACUAGACAGGGGGGUGCGGCUGGAGAUGGGACAUCUGACGGGUCCGAGAGAGGUUUGCGUGACGUGGAAAGCGAACGGAACGGACGGAACGGACGGAUUGAAAGGGGCGCCCAAGGAAGUGGCUCUCGAAGCAGACUUUUCCGCCAGAAGAUUGAGUCUGGUCGUGCGUUGCGCGGAUCACGACCGGGGCUCGUCAACCGGGGAAGAACCAGAACCAACAUCCCCCUUAGAGGAGGUUUUGGGACGGUUGCUCCAUUCCGGGAAGAGAAGCCGACUGGAAGCGGAUUUAGACCCCCUAGUAGGGUACGUUUGCAGCGGCACUGGCAGCAGCCCACAGGCUUCCACGUGGCGGGAGGAAGACGAAUGGUCCAGGACCGUCGAUUUCACGGGCAACGACAGCAUCGGACGGUCGUUCUGCUACGUCCUCUUCUUCCCUAACGACGAGACCAACCGAAAGAUUGCCCGGGAGUUGUGUCGAGGGUUCGGCCGCUUCCAUCUUUUGCGACACGCGGUCUCUCUUGACCAGCUCAUUAUGCGCGAGUGGGAGCACUGCAGGCGGGGCGCGGUCCAAACCCCGGAGGUUUCGUCGUUUCCGACAGUGCACGGCAUCCGCGGCGUUCUGUUUCACCUCAUGUUUCAGGUGCAACAGCUUGUGCAACACGGGGUGGUUGCCGAGAGCGCGCUCGCACGCGACGCGCGCUUCUACGCGCAGCUCCUCCCCGCCUCGUGUUUUGAGGAACAGAUCGCGGAGCGCGCGCUCAAAGAGAUGGUGGGUAGUUCCGCCUACAUUUUCCGCCCGGCGGAACGGCUCUCAGAGAUCCGCCGGAAGCUCCGGAGGGGUGCACAACGACCGGUCGCUCUGCUCGACAAACCUGCCCCCGUCGCUCGUUUCCGUCAGGCGGUUAGAGGCUUUCCCGUGGGCAGUCGACGGUACGAGUUUUUGGCAUUCUCGACGAGCCAGGUGCGCGAGCAGGCGGUGUGGUUUUAUGCACCCGAGGAGGAGGAGACGGCGGAUGGCGUGAGAAAGAGACUGGGGCAGUUUGAGGGUAUCAACAAUGUCGGUGAGUCAGCGAAGGAAAGAUUUUGA